AUGAACCGACCAUUGUUCAUGCGUAUAGUUAACAAGCUAUCCGACUUACCCUUCUUUCAGCACAUACCGGAUGGUACUGGAAAGCCCGGUCUACCGGCUUACAAAAAUGCACGCCGCCAUUCGUAUGCUGCAUAUGGCAAUGCAGCUGAUGCAGUCGAUGAAUACCUCAGACUAGGAGCGAGCACUGCGCAAAAUGCUUGCAUAAAUUUACCAACGCAAUCAUCGGUUUUUAUGAGGAGGACUAUCUCAGAAGGCCUACACCAGCAGAUCUUAAACGAUUACUCAAGGUCGGAGAGACGCGUGGAUUUCCUGGCUCAAUAG